AUGACCUCUGUCCUUGCAGGAUGCUGGGCUCUGCGAGGCCCCAAGGAGGUGAGUGGCUUCCCAGGGGACUCCAUGAAGGUACCCUGUGAGUAUGAGCCGGAGCUGGUGAACGCCAGUAAGUACUGGUGCAGGGGCAGCAGCUGGCUUACCUGCUCUAUCCUCGUUCAAACCAUGGCACCCGGGGAUGAGGCACGGGGGGACAGGGUCUCCCUGCAAGAUGACCCCGCUCGGCACAUGUUCGUGGUGACCAUGGACAACCUGAGAGUGGAGGAUGGGGAUUGGUACUGGUGUGGGAUCCAGGUAGCCGGGUAUGACCCCAUGGUCUCCGUCAUGGUUUCCGUUCUCUCAGUGCCUGAGACAACACACUACGACCUCUACACGACACAGGGACAAGAGGCCACAUCUGCUUCCACCUUCCCCUGGACUUCCCUGGAGAAGGAAAACACUGUGUCCACACCGAAAGUCAGAAGCUUGCAGUCUGACACCCCAAACCUGCUUGUCCUGAUCCUGACACCCUCUGGUGUGCUGGUUUUGGGCGUCAUCAUCUGCUGCAGGAUGAGAAGAGUGAUGUUGGAGAAGAGCAGAGCAGCCUGGGCCAUGGAGAGGACAAGGGCCAAGGACCUCCAGGUCACUGCAAGCUGGGAACGAGCAGCCACUUCCAACAAUAUCUACAAGAACAGGGAGCUGGAGCUCAGCUCACUUGAGGAUGACUAUGAGAACAGCCCGGCCAAGUGGCAGGGAAAGAGGCUGGGGCAGCUCCUGGGGUUCCCAGACUUUGAAAAGGGAGACAAAGGUUUGGUUUCCAGAGCUCCAGAAGAGCAGCCGAUCUACAUGAACAUGCUCUGA